CCGGCCGACAGGUGGCGUCGUCGCUGGCGGAGAUGCGCAUGCGCGGCGUUCUCGGCCUAGUGCAGGUGGAGGUGCAGGUCGGUCGGAUGGCGGCAGAGCUGAGUGUGGAGCGGCGGCUUGAUGCCGGCGACGAAAUCGAGGACGAUGAUGAUGACGAUUUGGAUGAGUCCCUUGCGGAGCGACUGUGGGGUUUGACGGAGAUGUUCCCUGAGGGAGUACGAAACGCCUCGGGGGUAGCCGCCAGCUGCUCACUGACGUUGGCCAAGAAGCUGUACAGCUUCACUCGCUCGGCCCUGUGGGUGGGGACCACGUCCUUCAUGAUCCUGAUUCUCCCAGUAGUCUUUGAAACAGAAAAACUACAAUUGGAGCAACAACAGAUCCAGCAACAGAGACAGAUCCUACUGGGUCCGAACACAGGGAUAUCCGGAGGAAUGCCGGGAAUGCUGCCACCACCAGUUCCAGGGAAAAUAUAAUGGACUUGACCCUCCCCUCGGAACAGGAAUUGCUGGUGGAGGAGGGAUUAAAGGACGGACCUUGGGGAGGGAAUUUGAUAGCACCUACCGACUUGGAGUCCGCAGCCCGUCGCUGAGGAGGGUCGAGCUGACCCAGGCCCAAUGUCUGGAGCAUCGUGUCUGCUGGUUGUGGGAGGGGGAGGGUUGGGGAUAAUGAACUUGGAUAGUUCGUGGGAGGAGGAGGAGGCAGCUCGGUGAGUGCUCAAGCCCCGUUAUUCAUGAAUUGCAGUGUGAUUGUUCACAGCAUCUUUUAUCAUCGAGGUGUACAAGUUGUUCUGCCCCAGUUGUUUAUGUGUGUGUUAGUGUUCACCAGGUUCAGCAAGGGGUAUGAGGGACACCUCUACCAGUCCUGAGCUCCAUCUAAACCAGGGAUUCCCAGCCUGGCGUUGGCAGACCCCUCGAUUAAUGGUAGGGGUUCCUGGUCCUACUCUAAACGCAAAACAAGCUCGCCCUGCAUCGGUCUGCCUCACAGUGCCAGGUAUUGCAAAGUCAAAAUACUGCCGGCUGUCGCGAAGUCGGGCACGUUUAGUGCCUGCAGUGAUGCAGUGCUCGGAACAGUGAAGCUUGUACCGUCGGGGAAUGAGCUCUCACCAAAGAGAGAGACUGUUGCCUGCGAUUCACCACCGGCUCCAGACCAAUUAUCCACACGAUACUGGGCGACCAGUGUGCAAGGUGAGGUGGGAAUGUGUUCACUGAGGCUGCAGGGUGAAGGAGACUGGGCAGGUUACAACUUAAUUGCUUAUACCUGACUCUGGGUGAUAGGCUAUGACAUGGUACAGAGGCCAACCUGAACGUACUGCCUGCAGAAACAGUGACAAGUUAACACAGAGCUGUUUGAAUUGUAUUGUGGUUCAAUAAACAUCUGGUGCUGGA